AUGGUGCGACGAUACAAAAAGAAGACGGAUAGAAAAAAGUGGUCUGAGACCGAUUUAUCAAUGGCUAUUGAAUCGGUGAAAAGUGGAAAAACCAUCAAAGGCAGUGCCAGUCAAUACGGUAUUCCUCGCGCGACACUGCAAAGAAAAAUCGCUAAUCCGAACUCAAUUAAUGCUGGUAUUUUCAUUGGAACAAGAAAAUGCCCUUCAGAUUCUGAGCCUACAAUCCAAAUACCUCUUUCCCAAGCCCGAAGCAUCAUGGAAAUUCUACAAAAGGCAACACAAAUGCAUGAUCCAGUUUCCAUCACACCAGCAAAUAAAAGUGAUACGAUUCCCAAGCCUCCUGUUAAACGGAGAAAACGGGGUACAGCUGCUGUUGUUACCAGUGAUGAAUACAUUGCAGAAUUACGUACUAGUCAAGACAAAAAAAUUAAAAAGGAUCCAAAGAAGGCAGUUCCAAAAACUAAAAUUAAAAAGGAGCCAAAGAAUAAAAGAAUCGCCAACGUUAAUCCUGCGUAUGUACAUCCGCGCUCCCUCGCGUGGGAUAAUCAGAUCUCGGUGAGCACGGUGAGCACGCGACGGUUCAGCCGAGCGGGCACGCCGAGCUCGAUCCUAUCCUCGGACAGCGACAUCCGGUUCACGCGCAAACUGGGCAGCCAGUACAGGUGCGGCUGUUGCGUCCUGGCCGCCUUUCUGCUCUUCCUCCUCGUAGCCGGUGUCUCCGUCUACCUCGGAUCGACGUUUUUGCUGUCGGAUGUGCCAAACGACCAGGUGUUCCUGGCGACGUUCCGGGUGACCGGAGGCGACGCGUUCACCCCCGAGCUGGCGGACCCCGGCACCGAGUCGUUCCGGCAGCGGUCGCGCAUCUACCGGGACCGGCUGAACUUGCUGUUCCGGCGCAGUCCGCUGCACCUGCCGUUCGUCGCCGCCGAGAUCCUUGCGCUGGACGGUGUCGAGAACCAGUACCUCAUGGUGCACUUUGACCUGCGCUUCGACGUGCGCUACGGCAGCGUGGACGCGAGCGACGUGGUGGCGGUGCUCGCCCGGGAGAUCACCGGUCCCCGGUACCUGCUCAACCUGACGAUAGACGCAUCGAGCCUCGAGGUCCAGGAGAGCGCGAGCGCCGCCAACAAGCUGGCCCUGCAGACAAACUCGAGCGGCAAUGAUCGGCCAAACGAGCCCCGGGUGCCGAGCACGAGUCCCAGGCCACCGAGGCGCUGCUCGCCCAUCGAGUUCUCGUACUGCAAGCACCUGCCCUACAACUCCACCUCCUACCCGAACUUUGUCGGGCACGCGAGCUCCAGGGAAGUCCACGAGGACAUCAUAGCCUUCAGGGAACUGGUGGACGCCGAGUGCUACAAGCAGGCGUACGAUUUUAUCUGCCAGGUGUUGCAGCCGUCCUGCGUGGAGAGCGACGGCGAGGAGGAGGAGGACACCCUGAGCCCGCCCUGCCGCGGCUUCUGCGCCGAGUUCUGGGCCGGGUGCGGCGGCCGGGUGCCCGAGAGGCUCAGGGCCGCCCUCGACUGCUCGAGGUUCCCCGAGUACGCGGACGAGGGCAGCUGCCGGCCCAAGCCCGGUUGCAUACGGGAGUUGAAGGCCAACGCGUUGUCGUCGCGGUUGUGCGACGGAGUGAUCGACUGUCCGGACUUUGGUGACGAGAGGGACUGCGCCUACUGCAGGGACGGGCAGGUGCACUGCGGCGUAGGGGCGGCCUGCGUGCCGCGGCACAAGCGCUGCGACGGCAAGGCCGACUGUCCGAACGGCAGCGAUGAGAAGGACUGCCUGUCACUAGCCCCGAGCUUGAGGUCGUUGAAGCUGCAGCCAAAGGAGAGCGUGCAAAGCUCGCGCUACUGGUCCGAGGGCUACGUCGUGUUCAACGAGAGGGGCAGCCUCGGCAAAAUCUGCACCGAAAACUUGAACGAGACCCUCUCCGACACGGAAAUGCAAUCGGUCCUCCAGACCACCGCGAACUCUCUCUGCAACCUGCUCACUUACGAGGGCGUCAAAUCGGUUGAGGUGCGAACGGACGAGGAGGAGGACGUGCCGUACGUCCUGAUGCAGGACCCCACGGCCCCGGAAAUCACCUUCGUUAGAGCGGCCUGUCCGAGCAAACAGGUCAUGUACGUCCGCUGCGCCGAGCUCUCUUGCGGGGUGCAGGGAGUGCGAAGCAACACCAAAGGAUCAGGGGCGACGAGGAGCCUGGACAAAAUAUCCGGGCCUGGGGACUGGCCCUGGCACGCGGCUCUCUUCAAAGAGGAGAACCACGUCUGCGACGCCACCCUCGUCUCGGCAAAUUGGCUGCUCACCACCUCCUCCUGUUUUCAAGGGCAACCGGAGGUGGAGUGGACGGCGCGGCUGGGCACGGUGAGGCUGACGAGCAGCUCGCCCUGGCAGCUGGAGCGCCAAAUCGUGGGUAUGGUCAAGUCACCGGUGGAAGGCAGCACCGCCGUUUUGUUGAAGCUCGACCGAACGCUCGCCCCGUACUCGGACUUUGUCAGGCCCGUCUGUCUGCCGCCGAGCGGCGAGCUCAUCGUCAACGCCACCCAGUGCAACACCCUCGGCUGGGCCAAGAACCGCGAUCUGCUGCAAAGGGUGCAACUGAGGUACAGCGCGAUGGAGAUGUGCGAGAACGUCAGCAUAGCUUCGGUGAACAGCGUGUGCACCGAGGCCGUGUACCCGAGCGACGAUUGCACGGAAGAAGAGGUGGCCGGGAGCCCGAUACUGUGUCAACUGCCCGGCAACCAUAGAUGGGCGAUUUUGGGGGUGAGCAGUUGGCGCAUCGCCUGCUCAAAGUCCGGGAUAGAGCGGCCACGGCUGUACGACCAGAUAUCCUCGAACCUCGCCUGGAUCAGAUCGACCAUUGACUGA